AUGGCUGAUUCCAUUGGUAAGCUUGAGGAAGAAGCCCGCAAACGUAAAGACCGUCUGCGAAUGCUGAAAGAAAAGCAGACAACACUCGAAGUUCAAAGUUUAACAUCUAACCCCGAGAGCGAUACAAUUGUAAAAGCGAAUAUUCCCAAACCUAUUUUUCGGAACUAUAAACCAGAGAGUGAAGAAAUCCAGAUGGCUGUUAUAGAAAAUGGACGUGUGGGAAAUGUGGAGAAUGAAGUUAGCACACAGUUGGAAAUGAUGAAAACUUCGAUUGUUAUUGAAGAAAUUGAUGUUGCAAAUCUAGCUCCACGCAAGCCAGAUUGGGAUCUAAAACGUGAUGUUUCCAAAAAGUUAGAAAAGCUAGAACGUGGUACCCAAAAAGCCAUCGCUGAACUUAUUCGUGAGCGCCUGAAAGCCGGUCAAGAGCAGGACAUACUACAGGUGGUGAAUGUAGGUAUAUCUAAGACAUCUUUAAGAGAAGAUGAUGCUAAUCGGCAAGAUUAAUUUAGGAAUAUUGCUUUUAAUGACAAAACUGCAGCCACUGCUGUAGUAUGUUCAAGUACGAAUAGCAGUAAUUUGAUUUUGUUCUAUUUUAGUUGAAAUAGUUAAUUUUAUUUUAUUUCCGUUGAUUUGUAAAAAUUGUCCGAACGUAC